AAAAAAAAAAAUUAGACUUAAAACCUCUCUCUCCUUUUUCUUUUCUUUCUUUCUUCCCAUUUGAGUGUUAGAUAAGAAGACCACACCAAACCAAACGCUUUCUCUCUCUCUCUCAACUUCCAAAAUCAUCAACCAUGAAGAAGCUUUACCGAAAAGGGACUGUUCACCCGUCACCGCCCAUCAUCUCCGACCAACUCUCCUUCCUUCCGGCCACCAUCCUCACCCUCACCGCCGCCCUCACGCCAGAAGACAGGGAAGUCCUCGCAUACCUCAUUUCCUGCUCAUCCUCCUCCAACAACCCCCGCCGCACCACCACCACCACCACUUCAAGGAGCAGCUCCGCCUCAGGCGGCGGUGACCAUGCUCCAGUCUUCAGCUGUAACUGCUUCCGUUGCUACAUGAGUUACUGGGUGAGAUGGGACUCUUCGCCGAAUCGUCAGCUCAUACACGAGAUCAUCGAUGCGUUUGAGGAGUGGUUAGCUCAGAAAGGAGGAAAGAAGCACCACAACAAUGGAGGAAGGAAAGACAAGAGGAACAAAAGAGGCUCCAAUAGCAAUAAGAUGCAACAGUCAGGCGAGUUGUUGAAUCGGAACGGGUCAGUGCCGAGUUCUGAGAGUACUGAGUCGUCAUCGUCAACCGAUUUGGAAUCGGUGGUGGUGGCGGUGGCGGUGGAAAAUAGUAGCAACCAUAGUGAUGAAGAUGGUGAGAGGGUUGAAGAGGAUGAAAAGGGUUCAGUGAGAAGGUUCGUGAGUUUCAUUGGAGAAAGGAUUUGGGGUGCUUGGGGACAGUGAAUCAUCAACAA